UGCGUUAUUGCUGUUGCUGCUAUUAUGCCAUUUUAAAACGGCUUGUUGAAUCGAGUCCUUAAAUUUAUGAUAAUAUCCGGAUUGAAUAGUCUAUUCUAUGUCAAAGGAACCAGUUGACCCCCCUCGAUCUUCGUUGGGUCUGUUGCCUGGCCACAGUACAGCAUUAUCUCCUUGAACGUUUAUUGAAACCAGGAGUAGGAUCUUUUAAAACAAUAGGGCCUACUUGGACAGUGUCCCAGGCCAGUUAGGACACAUGCAGCUCAAAUUUCCUCAGCCAAUUUAACAUAAUCUCUCGUUAUUUCUCGAUAGUCUAUUAUUGACUUAAAAGUGUUUUUUAUUUUGGAAAUUAAUCGGUAAAUCUUUUACUUUUCUUUUAUUUGCGAUGUGCUUAAGAGUGUCCUUAAUCUGACAAAACACUUCACGCAACUCCUCAACUAAAAUAACUGAUAUGACGUUAUUCUGCAAUAUUAGCUAUAAUAGCAACAAUAUAAAAUAUUAAUAAUUGUAUGUCCUCGGGUAGCUAAGUAUACGUGCGUUACUCUUUUAGGUUUUGUGCGUGAGCAUCAUGCGCAUUAACAUCUCGUGCAACUGGUAGGCGCGAGCGUUUGCUGUUGCUAACAGCAACCUGGAUCUCUUCUGUAAAACAUUGGGGCGACUGUAUCUCCAUUUAUUUUCGCUUUUGUACUUUGUACUACACAAAACCUCUUUUUUAUUUAAGAAAUUAAUAACAACUCAGAGAUAGACUUUAACAUAUUGAUAAAUUGAGACUUCCUGGCGCAAUUCAAUCUCUUUUGAAACAAGAGCGCUUGGGAACAAAAGCUGAGAGUUGAGAAAAGUUACAAUUUAAAAAAAGUUAUUAUUUCAACCAGGAUGUCCACGGCGGCUUCUUUACGCCUUCCUGCAAUUCAACAUCCUCUAUCAAGACUUGGAGAUCCAGAGCUCAUCUCACUCAGGGGUUAUUCAAGAGACGGCAGCAGAGAUGGAUGCUGGAUCCCCAAGAGAAGAAUCAGACCUCAGUCUCCAGACACGGAGAGUCUGGAUUCAGCUUUUCGCAGUCAGAGCAGCAUGAGUAGCAUCAGCUCUAUAAUGGAGAAAAGAAGAGGAGUAGAUAUUCCACAGCAGAUCCCAGAGGGAGACGAGGCCAUCUACGACUCUGAUAAACCCAAGCUAUCUGCCUACCGUCACAAGAUGGCAUCAGAGAAUCGCUCCAUAAGUAGAGCUUCUGGUACAACGUACUCUAGCAAUGAGGCAUGGGUGACAGAUCGAACUGAUCAGUUGGAGGAUGUACUUAAAGACCGUAUUCAAACCACAGGAGCUUUGACCCUCAAAAUCCUGUUCAAGAACAACCACCCUGAUGGAAAACCUCUGGUCAACAGAUAUGCACUACUUGAGAUUGUAACAAAGUUCUUGAGGCGUCAAGUGACUGCUAAACAACUAAAAGACCUUCUACUACGUCUGCACCUUUCUGAUCGAACUCUUAUCAGUUUUGAAGAUUUUUAUGGCGCACUGAAGGACCCAGAGUCUAAAAAAAAUAACCCAGUAGGUCAACUCACGAUUCCUCAGAUACUAGCUCUGCUGAGAGGGCCUGCACGCAGCAGAUUUCUGCAGAGUGUGGAGGUUUUAUGUAAAUCUGACAAUGUGACCGAAAGCUGGAUUUCUGCUCCAGAGUUUCGAAAUAUUCUCAAUAAACUUAAACUUCCCCUGAAAGAUCCUGAGUUUGAAAAAUUAUGGAAAAGGUUAGAUGUGGAUGGAUUUGGGGCAGCUAAACAGACUGUUUUACUUAAGAAAUUGGGAUUGAGUAGAAGAAUUGAACCAAACAAUGAGAAAAACCACCACGUCUCCAUUACAGCCAAAGCUGAGGACAUGAAAGCAUCCUCUGGGAGAACGCUCUCUAAGGCAGAAGAGGAACGUCGCGCGUCUAUCGCCAUGGAGACAUGGCUGAAGGACAAAUUCAGAGAAGGAGCUCAGAGGAUGAAAGCGGAGUUUGAAAAACUGGAUGCAGAGAACAGCGGAAAGGUGAGGGGGGAAGACUUUCUGCAGGUCCUGAGGAAGUUUGAUCUCCACCUGAGGAGAGAACACCUCGGCAUGUUCUUGUCUCGCUGUGGUCUGAAGCUUAGAAAGGGUAGUGUGCAUUAUUUAAACUUCCUGUGUAAUUUCCAGGACAGAAGUUCAGAUGGAAUCACGCACAAGAUCAUCUCUAACCCAAAACACAGGUUUCAUUCUAAGGAGAAUAGCAGUUGUGUUUCCUCUCUAAGUGCCAUUGAAGCCAAAUUAACCAACCUGUUUCAGUCAGAGUACCUCUCUCUCCUUCAGACCUUUCAGAACAUUGAUAAGUUCAAUAAAGGAACUGUUAGUCAGGAGGAAUUCAGAGCAGCGAUGGAGAGCAGGUUUGGCCUGGAGAUUUCCGACCCUCAGUUUGAGCAGCUGUUGGACAGGCUACCUCUUGACCAUCGCGGAAACGUGCAGUACCCCAUCUUCAUGGCAGCCUUUGACACCAGGAAAGGAGUUCCCAGCCUCUUCAAGCCUGUUGCUCAGCUUGCCGGUCACGAUUCAGAUGAAGAGAGGGGCUCAGUGGAACAAAAUCGAAGUGACCUUGAGUUGUUUAGGGUCAUAAGAACUGUGGUGGCAAACCGCUACAGAGAUUUACUGAGAGAGUUUGAGGAGCUGGAUGAGAAGAACACCAGGCGUCUCGCUCAAGAAGAGAUGUAUCAGCUACUUAAAAGGUUAGAGCUCCAUCCUGAGGUCACUCGCGGAGAGGUGCGGAGGUUGUGGACCUCGUUGUUCACCCAGCAGGACGGAACUGUGGACUUUCAACAGUUUAUUCGUCAUUUUGGCCCAUCGCCCAGAUCCUGCUGUUACCCUAAUGCCAAGCACAAUCCCCCCAAACGUGGAGAUAAUGACCUCAUGCGCCUCUCCAAAACACUCAACUGUGUCUCAGAUAUACUAGUGGAUGCGCUUCGGGCCAAGGUGGAGCUGUGCGUUUCUGAUCUCUGGACUGAGUUUUCCGAGAUGGAUUUUGCUGGAACUGGCUUUGUUAGCAGUGAGGAAUUCAAAGAGAUCCUUAUGAAUCUCUGUGUUCUUCUCAGCCAGCAUGAGUGUGAUGUGCUGGCCAAGAAGUUUGACAUCAACAACGAUGGCAGAGUAUCCUACACAGAGUUCCUAAGGCCUUUCCUAUCCCAGAGUCAAACAUGGAAGCAUGGAACCAACAUGGCAACUGCUUUGCAGUCGCCUAGAGAAACUAAAGAAAUAGGCACCCCAGGAGCGCUAAGCCGCAAGAUCAGGCGCAAGCUCCGGCGUAAGGCCAAUGCUCUGCACAGGGCCUGCGGCCGGUUGGACGGCUCUGACACUGGGCUUCUCUCUGUGGCUGAGCUGGGUGCUGUCCUGCAGCUGUGUGGCGUGUGUGAGAGCCAGGAAGAGCUGAGAAGCGUGUUCUCCACCCUUCACGCACACCCCUCUGGACUGCUGGACUACCGCCCGCUCUUAAUUGACAAACACAGGACAUCCAGUUGCAGCCAGCAAACCAAACACCAGCUCAGCCAAAGAAGUCAAUAGGUCCACUCAAGGAUGAAGCCCAAGGAACCCAAGAUUGUCUUCCUUUCAGCCCUUCCACAAUGGAGCAACCCCCUGCCAAACUUGCAAAAACUCUCCCACCUUCUCCAGAAUCCUCCUUCUUUCACUUUACUUUAGUGCCAUACAACUUACUUAAAGAAAGACUUGAAGGCGGUGGGAUGGAUACAGACUUUGAAAGAAAGGAUUGAAAUGCUUAAGUCACUAUCUGGAGAGAAUUACUCUUGCCUGGUAUCAACAUACUCAGGAUAUUCCAGAAAGUCCACCAACAUACAUGCAUCUUUCUUUUGCUCUGUCUGUCUUUCUCUUAAUACAUAGGUGAAAACUGUAGUUUCGGAUUGAUUUCAGGGUGUCAAAAACGUGCGAGACGGGGGAGGAAAGGGGUGUGGCUCUCUUCUUCUUUGCCAUUGUAGAGGCCAAGAAGAGUAAAACCCUCUACAGUUAAAAGGGGGACAUAAGUGCCAACAUCUCCGAAAUAAUCAACGUCAUGGCUGACUGGAACUUGGUAAAAUUAUAUGCACUGACAGCAAGUUCUUUUCUUUUCCACUUUGGUGGCCAUUUCUCUCCUAAACUAAUCCUGAUCACAUUGAACAACUGUCUGUCUGAUUUGCUUAAGUAUGGAAAUGACAUGUAUUGUCCAGACUGACUCAGUUGUGACAUAUUAUUUAAGAAGAGUAACAAAAGUAGUUUUAAAUUAAUUGCAGCCUUCUGUGUCUUAUAAUGGGCCUACAGCAAAUAUCAGUGUAUUGGACGUGGAC